AUGUCCAGCAAAAGGGCUAAGGGGAAGACCACCAAAAAGCGUCCCCAAAGGGCCACUUCAAAUGUGUUUGCCAUGUUCGAUCAGUCACAAAUUCAAGAAUUCAAGGAAGCCUUCAAUAUGAUUGACCAAAACCGGGACGGCUUUAUAGAUAAGGAGGACCUGCAUGACAUGCUUGCUUCGUUAGGUAAGAACCCUACAGACGAAUACCUUGAGGCUAUGAUGAACGAAGCACCUGGUCCCAUCAACUUCACAAUGUUCCUCACAAUGUUUGGAGAAAAACUGAAUGGCACAGACCCAGAGGAUGUCAUCAGAAAUGCUUUUGCUUGCUUUGAUGAGGAAGGGACAGGAUUUAUACAAGAGGACUACCUCAGGGAGCUCUUGACCACCAUGGGGGACAGGUUCACAGAUGAAGAAGUGGAUGAGCUCUUCAGAGAAGCCCCUAUUGACAAGAAGGGCAACUUUAACUAUGUGGCAUUCACGCGUAUCUUAAAGCAUGGUGCCAAGGACAAGGAUGAUUAGGAAGGAACUGGAUUUCACUGAAGAUUAAUGCAAGUGCAUACACUGUUCAUAAUACUGCACAACCUGUUUAAUUGUCUCUGGUUCUUAUCAUGUUUAAGACACUUCACACACAUUGGCUUUAGAAGAGAGGUGGAAGUCCAUAAAACUACAAGGCAACCCUAAGGCUGUUAGACCCUUCUUAUGGACCUCUCUCAUGUUACUGUUGUAGACUUGUAUAUAAGUAAUUAAAUAUAUAUAUAUGUAAACUGUGGUGUACUCAGGUGCGAAACAAAGCUGUGGCAGUUGGAAGGAUUGGAAAUAAACUGUGGAAUGACAGCAGUUCACAGCAGUUUUCAUGUAGUUAACAUUUUGUUGGAGGCUGGUUCAUUGGUUGUGAUUCCAUGGCACCAUUAAUGAAACGUGAUGGCUUGAGCAAUAUCAACAAUGUUAAGACUUAACAUUGCUAUGUUUAGUGUUCAUUUAACCACUUGGCUUUAUGUUAGGAAAUGUUACUUAGAGCAAAGAGUUUAAGGAGAUAAAAUGUUACUAAGAUAAAAGAGUAUUUUCUAUAUAUAAGACUGUGUGGAGAAUACUACUGGAGUUUUAUCUGAUUAAUAGAGAGGAGUGCAUAAAGCCCAGAAAAUAUUACUCCAUAUUUUGUUCUGGUUUGUUUCUGCCAGUAAAAUUCAAUAUCUGUGAAA